AUGAAGAGAGGAUCUAAGAAGGAAACUGAAUCCAGUCCUUUGAAAGUGGAUCCAGUUGUUAAAGUCACGAAGACAAUCACCAAGCCAAUAGUUACUGAAAUUGUUAAUCCUUCGACGGAUGUGAUACCUUCGAAGACUCGUAUUCUUAAGCGCCUCAAGAAGAAAACACAUAAACCUUGCCAUUCUCGGGAAAGUUCUGUGGAGACACCCAUCACUCAUGGUGAAAAAACCAAACCAUCAACUCCUGAGCAGACACUAGUCAUACCGCUCGAAGUUUCGCUUACUGAGUCAUUUCAUGAAGAGGUACGAACUUCAAACACAACUGAAAAAGUAUAUGAUACAAAUACACAUGUUAAUAUGGGUGAAGGAGUUUUAUCUACCGAAGCUCAAGGUGCUAAUUUUAUUAUAUCUUCAUCAUUCCCUACUACUAACCUUGACACAACUGUUUCAUUACCACCCUACAUUAUGUAA